CCCUGUCGCUCCUUCUCUUGUUGUACUUUGAACGGGCAGCUAACAGCAGCGGCGUGGCGCAGCAUUGAACGUGUGAGUUUUUUUUUGUCCUGUCGGAAGAAACAAAGCCUAAGAAAGCAUGACUAGCUACCACAAGCCCGAUGAAAAAACCCUGCAGGGGCUGAAAGACAUCGCUAACAAGCUCAGGAUCAACUCCAUCAAGGCAACAUGCGCCUCUAACUCCGGUCACCCCACAUCAUGCUGCAGUGCAGCUGAGCUCAUGUCUGUGCUCUUCUUCCACACCAUGCGCUACAAACGGGAUGAUCCUCGCAACCAGUGUAACGACCGCUUUGUGCUCUCAAAGGGCCAUGCUGCACCUGUCCUGUAUGCUGCCUGGGCAGAAGCAGGUUUCGUGAAGGAAGCUGAUCUGCUUAACCUGCGCAAGUUUGACAGUGACCUGGAGGGCCACCCUACACCAAAACUAGCUUUUGUUGAUGUGGCUACAGGAUCUCUGGGACAAGGUCUUGGGGCAGCCUGUGGGAUGGCCUACACAGGCAAACACUUUGACAAAUCCAGCUACCGUGUAUAUUGCAUGAUGGGUGAUGGAGAGUGUUCAGAGGGCUCAGUGUGGGAGGCCAUGGCCUUUGCCUCCUACUAUGAGCUGGACAACUUGGUGGCUAUCAUGGAUGUCAAUCGGCUCGGUCAGAGUGAGGCAGCGCCCCUGAAGCACGACAUGGAGACCUACCGCAAGCGUUGUGAAGCUUUUGGGUGGAACACAUACCUUGUGGAUGGACACGAUGUGGAGGAGCUGUGCAAAGCUCUCUGGCAGGCUCAGCAGAUCAAGGGCAAACCCACUUGCAUCGUUGCCAAGACAUUCAAGGGCAAAGGACUCAAAAAUAUCGAAGAUCUUGAUAACUGGCAUGGAAAGCCCAUCCCCAAGGACAUGGUGGAUGACCUCCUGAAAGACCUAGAGGCUCAGAUCCAGGUCCCUAACAAAACCCUGUCUCCAGAGCUGCCUAUUGAUGAUGCAUCACCUGCAGACCUUAGCCCCAUCUCCCUGCUUGCACCCCCAGCAUACAAAAAAGGAGACAAGAUAGCAACAAGGCGUGCAUACGGUGUGGCGCUGGCCAAGCUGGGCGAGGCGAGCAAGAGAGUGGUGGCCCUUGAUGGAGACACCAAAAACUCCACCUUCUCAGACACCUUCAGGAAGGCCUUCCCUGAACGCUUCAUUGAGUGCUUCAUUGCUGAGCAGAAUAUGGUAGGAGUGGCCAUUGGCUGUGCCACCCGUGACCGCACGGUUUCUUUCGCCAGCACGUUUGCUGCCUUCUUCUCCAGAGCCUAUGACCAGAUCCGUAUGGGAGCAAUCUCCCAGUCUAAUGUCAACCUGGUAGGGUCCCACUGCGGCGUAUCGAUCGGUGAGGAUGGUCCUUCCCAGAUGGCCCUAGAGGACUUGGCCAUGUUCCGUGCUAUCCCAACAUGCACUGUGUUUUACCCCAGUGACGGAGUGUCCACAGAGAGAGCUGUUGAGCUGUCAGCCAACACAAAGGGUAUCUGUUUCAUCCGUACCAGUAGACCAGACACUGCAGUCAUCUACUCUCCAGAUGAGAAGUUUGAAGUGGGCGUAGCUAAGGUGGUGCGCCAGUCUGACAAUGAUUGUGUGACUGUAAUUGGAGCCGGUGUUACUCUGCAUGAGGCCCUCUCUGCUGCUGAUACACUCGCAAGUGAAGGCCACAACAUCCGUGUGAUUGACCCGUUCACCAUCAAGCCCCUGGAUGCCGCGACCAUCCUGACCAGUGCCAGAGCCACAGGUGGUCAGAUCAUCACUGUGGAGGAUCACUACAAGGAGGGUGGUCUUGGUGAAGCAGUGCUGUCGGCAGUGGGCGGUGAACCCGGCAUUGUUGUGACCCGGCUGGCAGUGUCCGAAGUUCCCCGCAGCGGAAAGCCCCAAGAGCUGCUCGACCACUUUGGCAUCAGCGCCCAACACAUUGCUAAGGCCGUGCGUCAGACCUUUGCAAACUAAGACUGCACUAAAUCUCCCUGCCUUACUGCAUCACAGCCAACUUGCAGCUACCCGGCAACAUCAUAUGAAGACCUGUGAACUUCUGUGAUCAACUGCCAUCUCAUGGCUUUGACUCAAGUGCAGCGUACUAACCCUGUGUUGUUAUCUAUCUAUUGUUACUAUCAUAUGGGGAGAGGUGGUAUUAGGAUUGCAGUGUUAUUGGAGCCUGUAGUGUUAAUAUUACUCUUGUGUGCACCUUCUAGUGCCCUCUGCAAUCUUGUCUUGCAAUUAGCUCAGACAAAACCACAGCUGAAUACUGUACAUGCUGUUUGACAACUGUCAGGACAUGACUUCUAUUCUGCAUUCCAACCAACAUUUUCCUUUUCACAUUCCUUACAGCCCUGCCUCAUGUCUUCUCACUUGUCUGGCAUUCAUUCAUGCCUCUUUUUUCCUUUUUCUAAGAAGCAAUGUUACUGUUUCAUAAUUCUAAUGUACUAGAUCACUUUUUUUUAAAGUUAAAUCUCUUAGCUCAAACUAUUUGUCCUGACUUUGUGUGUGUUAUUAACUGUUUGAGCAUUCCUCUGAUUCCUGGCCACACAGGCAUCACACAACUUCACUGUCUUUCCAGGUCACUGGUGUCAUCCUGUUAUAGCUGUGAUGUGUUGAAUAAAAAAUAAUUAACCCAG